AUGGAGACCAGACAUGAGAUGAGAGCGGGGCCAGUACGAGGAUCAUCUACUUCAAGAUUCUUGAAUCCAUGUGUAGUGGGUUUUGUUGUUGUUGCAGUAGUGGUGAUCCUGGCUGUGACUAUAGGUCUACUUGUCCACUUUUUAGCUUUUGACCAAAAACCCUACUUUUACCGCAGCAGCUUUCAAAUCUUAAAUGUUAACUAUAGUGAGCAGUUAAGUUCACCAGGUACGAGAGAAUACAGAAUUUUGAGUGAAAGAAUUGAAUCUCUGAUUAGCAAAACAUUCAGAGAAUCAGAUUUAAGAAAUCAGUUCAUCAGAGCUUAUGUCGUCAAACUCAGGCGAGAUGGUAAUGGUGUGAGAGCAGAUAUUGUCAUGAAAUUUAAAUUCACUAGAAAUAACAACGGAGAUUCAAUGAAAAAGAAAAUUGAAUCUAUUUUACAUCAGAUGCUGAAUAACUCUGGAAAUCUGGAAAUAAAUCCUUCAACUGAGGUUACAUCAAUUACUGAUCAAGAUGCAGUGGUACUUUUCACUAGCGAAUGUGGAGCCCGUUCAGAUCUAAUCACGUUGUCUGAGGAGAGAAUCAUAGGAGGCACUAAGGCUGAAGAAGGAGAUUGGCCAUGGCAAGUCAGUCUACAAGCCAAUAAUGGUCACCACUGUGGAGGCGUCCUGAUCAGUAACACCUGGGUCCUGACAGCAGCUCAUUGCUUCAGAAGAUACCCUGAUCCUUACACAUGGACUGCCACAUUUGGUAUUUCUACAAAAAUUCCUAAACUGAGAAUAAGAGUAAGAAAUAUUAUAGUCCACAGCAAUUAUAAUCCUGUAACUCAUGAAAAUGAUAUUGCACUUGUACAACUUAACAGAGAAGUUACCUUCACCAAAAACAUCCAUAGGGUGUGUCUUCCAGCACCCACCCAUAAUAUUGUGCCUGGUUCCAUUGCUUAUGUAACAGGAUGGGGAUCGCGAAGAUACGGUGGUAACACAGUUACAGAUUUGGAGCAAGCAAGGGUUAGAAUAAUAAGGAAUAGUGUAUGUAAUGCACCAGAUAAGUAUAAUGGAGCUAUUUUGCCUGGAAUGGUGUGUGCUGGAGUUCCUAAUGGUGGAGUAGAUGCAUGCCAGGGUGAUUCUGGUGGUCCACUAGUACAAGAAGAUUCACGACGGCUUUGGUUCCUUGUGGGGAUAGUAAGCUGGGGCUAUCAGUGCGGUCUGCCAGAUAAACCAGGAGUAUACACUCGAGUGACAGCCUACCGUAACUGGAUUUUGCAAGAAAUUGGAAUCUAG